AUGAGCGAACCAUUGAAAGUAUUUGAUCUUCCGUGGGAUAAAUAUGAAGAUUCUUUGUUUUGUGACAUCCCUAAUAUCAGCUUGAUUGAUCUCUCAGUGACAAGGCGAAACGUACUAUCAAUUUUACAGAGAGUUUUUGACCCAAUAGGUUUCACCUGUCCUUUUACACUUCUUCCAAAGUUAUACUUGCAAAACAGCUGUGAAACUAAAUUGAGCUGGGAUGCAGAGCUACCUGAGGAUAUCAAAAGAAAAUUCUUGAAGUGGGUCAAAGAAUUUCCCUUGCUAUCAUCUGUAAAGAUUCCCAGACUACUUCCACUGACAAAAGGACGAUCUUUUAGUUUGCAUACGUUUGCCGAUGCUUCACAGGGAUCUUAUGCAAGUGCAGUAUAUUUGGGAAGUCAAAAUAAAGAUGUCAAAGUGACUCUAGUACAAGCCAAAUCACGAGUGGCUCCCUUGAAAAAAUAA